CGUGUUUUUGAGAUGUGCAUUCAACUCUCAUACGCAUAGGUCUGUGAGAGGAAUACACCGUCGAUAAAAGGAGAUCAUUAAGCAGUAACGGAUCCAGAUCAAGCACGCCUGUCUGUCACCAGCAGCGCUUCUGUGCCGCAGCGACAUGCCGCCCGUCUCUUCAGCGGCCGCUUUCCCGCCGCAAUCGCCCGGGCGCAAUCCCCAUUAAUGGCUCCUCUUCACCCCCUCCCGGCCAAAGCAGGCUCAGCCGCCUUUCGGGGCUUCGCUGAAGCUUCCUCGCUAGUUUAAACGACGACCUCGGGGCGGGACUAGAAGGCGAUAGGCGGAGUCCGUCAGAGUACAGGAGCUGGGAUUGGCUCCUCGGUCUCCUCGCUUUCUUGGCCCCCUUAUUGGCCUUAUAGGAGGAAGACGCCGUGGCUGAGAGUUGCCAACAUGGCGGCGCCCAUCGUUAUUCCAGAUACGGGGAGUAUUCGGAAGGCAGUGUUGCUCAUCAACACUAUAGACACAGGCAGGUUCUCUCGUCUACUCUCCCGCAUCCUUCAGAAGCUUCAUCUCAAGACUGAGAGUACUUUCACAGAAGAGGAAGAAGAAAAGCUUAAAACUGCAUUCUCAGUGGAAAAGCAAGAUCUGCAUCUUAUCCUUGAAACCAUAACAUUCAUUCUAGAACAGGCUGUAUAUCACAAUUUAAAACCAACUAUUCUGAAGCAGCAGUUGGAGAAUUCCGGCAUGGAUCCUGAUAAAGCAGAGGUGUUUGCCACUGUAUGGGCAGCUGCAGGUCCAGAAACAGUGGAAAAGUUCAGACAAAGAAUUUUCUCACCUCAAAAGCUUGAGACAGUGGGAUGGCAGCUUAAUCUUCAGAUGGCUCAGUCUACUCAAGCAAAACAAAAAUCCCCUCAAGCUGUCUUAGAACUUGGUGUGAACAAUGAAGAUUCAAAGACCAUGGAAAAAGUGUUUGUUGAGUUCAGUCAUGAAGAACUGUUUGAGUUCUAUAACAAGUUGGAGUCAAUACAAGCACAGCUGGAUUCUCUUACAUGAUACUGAGUGAAGACUAUUUUCACCAUCACAUUCCUGCUACUUCAAUUUGGAAGACAGAUUGGCUGACAGUGUUUGCUGAAAUAUCCAGUGGGUUACUGCCAGUAAAUUACUUCUCUCUUCUUUGACCACUGACAUUAACCAAAUGAAAUCCUUGUUAAAAUGUCUGACUUCUUUAUGUUUCCAGAGUAUACAGCAUACGUUUAAUGUGGCAGGGAUUGGGAGGGAUUCACCAUAUUGUUUUGAAGUUCUUUUAAUUGUUUUGAAAUGUGUUUGUCCUUUUUCAUUGUGGGCUUUGUUUUUUUUUAAUAGCAGGCAGCAGUUUACAUGAUACUAGAGAACCAUGAAUGAAAUGCAUACUGUUUAAAAAAGUGUGAAAACUGUAUUACUUACUUCACACAGAAAAAGAAAACUGAGGAGACAAAAGUAAAUGCAUUUCUAAAUAAAUAAAGAUGCUUUGUUCUGGA